AUGACGUGGCCGGGAGUAGAGGGGACGUUAGAGAAAUAUAUCAAAUUGAAACCAGAAUCCUCAGUCUGUCUGGGAUCUAAAUUCGAACUGGAAAGGAUCCUGACGUCUUUAAAUCAGAAAAUAAUUUUUCAGUAUUUGGCCGAAUUUUCAAGGACCAUUAUGUCUGUAGAAAUCAAAAGUGUCCUUGUAAGUGAUCCUGUGGACGAAUCAUGUGUCAAACUUUUAACUAGUCAUGGAAUUCAAGUGACUGCAAAAUAUAAAUUACCAAAGGACGAACUUAUUAAGGAAUUAGAGAAUCAUCAAGCUUUAAUUGUAAGAUCAGAGACAAAAGUUACAGCCGAAGUUCUAGAAGGUGUUUCUAAUCUUAAAGUCGUUGGAAGAGCCGGUACGGGAGUUGAUAAUAUUGAUGUCACAGCCGCCACGAAAAAUGGAAUUAUCGUUUUAAAUACACCAGCUGCAAAUAGUAUUAGUGCUUGUGAAUUGACAUGUGCCCUAAUAUCUUCACUUGCGCGAAAUGUCGUUCAAGCGAGUCACUCUUUAAAGGAAGGCCGUUGGGAUCGUAAAUUAUAUUCCGGAUUUGAAUUGUAUGGAAAAACACUCGGUAUUGUAGGAAUGGGACGUAUUGGUCGUGAGGUUGCAAUUCGUAUGAAAUCGUUUGGAAUGAAAAUUAUUGCUUUCGAUCCAUUGCUUCAGAAUAAUGAUGCUAAAGAAUUAGGAAUUCAAAAAGCUAAUUUAGAUGAAGUUUGGCCUGUUGCUGAUUACAUCACUGUACAUACUCCUCUAAUUCCUCAAACAAAGAAUUUGAUCAAUGCAACGACAUUGGCAAAAUGUAAACAAGGAGUUUAUAUAAUUAAUGCUGCAAGAGGUGGAAUAAUUAAUGAGGAAGAUUUAUUAAAUUCAAUAAAAACUGGUCAUUGCGGAGGAGCUGGUUUAGAUGUUUAUAUGGAGGAGCCGCCAAAGAAUCCAAUUACUUUGGAACUUAUUAAACAUCCAAAAGUUGUUGCCACUCCUCACCUUGGCGCAAGCACAGCAGAGGCACAACAAAGAGUUGCCCUUGAAGUUGCUGAACAAUUUUUGGCAUUAUCAGGAAAAUCAAAGGAAUACAGUGUCACUGGUGUCGUUAACCCCCAGGUUCUGAAAUCUGCCUAAUUAUUGUAAACUUUCGACUUUUUUCCAUUUUUCAUGUUUAAAAUACAAUAUUGUCUACUAAAAAGGUGAUUCUUUUUAAUAAAAUAAAUUUUAAAAAAUA